AUGACAAUGCGCUUUCUUAUUAUAUGUUUAUGUUUAAUUAGUCUUAAUCUCUAUUAUUCUGUCGAAUCAACAACAUCAAUAAAGAAAACGAAUGUUAAUAAAUCGUUUAAUGAAUUACCAUUUCAUAUACAUCCAUUACAUUUUAUUUCACAUAUAUGUCGACAACAAAAACAAUAUUCAUUAGAAAUAACAAGGAAAUAUUGUCCAUUACAUUUACAAUCAUCUAAAUCACAAGAAGAACAGCAACAACAACAACGAGGCAAGCGUGUCGGAUGGACAAUUAGUGUUUAA